UCACCGGCGGGCGACGACUCAGAACCAUUUCGACCAGCAGCGCAGCAAGUGCAAAAACCCCGCAAUAGCAAAACAGGCGGACACGUAGUGGAAGUGAGCUUCAGCGGAACCUAGCCCGCAGCGGUACCUAGUACAUCCGAACAGCCGUUCAGUGUCAAAGCGAAACCACCAUGGUUUACGAAAGCGACUUCUACAGCACCCGCCGGGUUGGCUCGAGCUAUACCCGUCCCACGAUUUCCUCGUACACCGUGACGACUCCACUGCGAUACUCCGGAGUGCCACGCUUCAACACGAUCACCACCACCACUACGACGUACCGCACACCGAUGCCGUACGUAGCGCACAAGCGGCUCGUUCCAGUGACGCGGGUCGUCACGUCGCCGCCGCGGAUCGUGGUAUCCCCGAUGCGGGUGCUGGGUUCGCCGGUACGCGUGAUCAGCUCGCCGGUUCGCGUGUUCGGUUCGCCGGUACGCACCGUGCGGGCGGUUCGUUCGCCGGCCCGCGUCAUCGUAUCGCCGGCCCGGGUCGUCACGAUCCGCUCGCCGUAUCUCCGCCCGUCGAUCAUCAACAAAGAAUUCGAUCGCAUUGAACGUAAAUAUCGCGCUAGUCCUGUAAGUAGUGCCCUAGAGCAGUAUUACAACUCGCCCUCAUACUUGGAAUUUGAGGACGAGAAGCGCGAUAUCCGCAACUCGACCGCACUGCUGCUGCGCCAGCUGAACGAUCCCGUUCCACGUCUGAUGGCCCCGGUCGCACAGGCAGCACCGGAACCGAACCCAAAGAAGUGGGUGUACGAUCCGUUCUCCACGCACAACCGCCUGAACAGUGACACCUACGUCAAGAGCCACAUUACCGAUCCGAUUCGCAGCGUCCGUAACGAUAUUGAGGCCAUGGCCAGAUAUCAUUCGCCAGCGUCGCGCUAUGUCGAGUACGUGCUGUUGGACGACAUCUUGUGGCGCUACACGUACUAUGUGGAUGAGGAGGGCAAGAACCACUUGGCCAGUACGCGCAUCAUUGGGUCGCAGGCCUACCCGAAAAGCAAACCCCGUAUCUAUAACUACGAUACCGCCCGGGUCGGCAAGGAUGUGAACGUCAUGUCGUACUAUAAGUCUAACCGCACCCAGGCCAAGGCCGAUGUGGAGGAAGUGGGAAAAUUAAAUCCAGUUCGUCCGACGCGCAAGUUCAACAACCCGAAGCUGUACGACGAUCCGACCGAUUCGAAGCUGAAGGAUAAACAGGAGAAGAUCGAACGCGUUGCCGAGCUGAACAAGGUCCGCUACGAGCCGGUCAACCUGGAGAAGGAGCGCCUGAAGCUGUUGGACGAGGCCAAGAAGAAGGAGGAAGCUGCUGCCGAGCGCGAAAAGUUACGCCUGGAGGAACAGGCGCGCAAGGAGGAGGAAGCACGUCUGGCCGCCGAGGAAGCGGAGCGCCGUCGCAUCGAGGAGGAACGUCUGGCCGAAGAGGCCCGUUUGGCCGAAGAGGCCCGCCUCGCCGAGGAAGCCCGACUCGCCGAGGAGGCACGCAUUGCCGAGGAGGAACGUCUGGCCGAAGAAGCCAAGAAGGCUGAAGAGAAGAAGAAGAAGGCUGCCGAUAAGAAGAAGAAGGAAGAAGAGGAAAAGAAGAAGAAGGACGCCGAGGAGAAGAAACGAAAGGAGGAGGAGGAGAAGAAGCGCAAGGAGGAGGAGGAGAAGAAGCGCAAGGAGGAGGAGGAGCGCAAGCGCAAGGAGGCCGAGGAGGCGGCUCGCAAGGCGGCGGAGGAAGAAGCUGCCCGUAAGGCGGCCGAAGAGGAGGCCGCCCGCAAGGCCGCUGAGGAGGAAGCUGCCCGCAUUGCGGCGGAGGAGGAAACCCGCAAAGCGGCGGAAGAGGAGCAGAGCCGCAUCACCGAGGCACAGAAGGUGCGCGAGGAUGAGCUGGCGAGGCUGAACGAGCUGGAGAAGCAAGCGAUCGAGGAGAACAACGAGGAGCUGGCCAAGGAGAUUGCCGAGCUGAAGGCGAUCGCACAGUCGGACGAGGAGCUGCUGAAGCGCCAGGCGGCCAAGCUCGAGGAAACGGGUGCACCGGCCGAGGGUGAGGCUGCACCGGCCGAGGAAGGUGCUCCGGCUGCAGAAGCGGCCCCAGCGGAAGAGGUGCCCGUCGCCGACGCUGCCACCACCGAGGAGAGCAAGACUGAGGAGAGUCCUGCUGCCGCCGAGUGAACGGACAGGCAACGGUGGCCGGUCACUGUAACCACUAGCACUAAGGACUAGGGCUUACUCUCUUCCGAAUUUAACACUUAGGGUACUAGCUAGCAUUUUAGCAGCACAUCAAAUUCGAACAACGAUUGGAGGCAAAACAAACGCUAUUUUCCUAAUGCUUCACACAACCAAAUUUAAAGGUGCCUGGUAAAACGCAUUAAGAAACAACAAAAUCCCAAAAAUAUGACACCGGCGCUAUAGGAAAACCUAGAUUCGAACGAAACAAGCUACUUUUUAUUUUUAGUCCACAACGAACUCAUCCCAACUCGCCACUCGUAGUAAUAGAAACCGAACACGCUACUAGCUGCGUACUGCAUUUUCGAAACUGUAACCGCUUAGCAAACAAGCACGCUACUGCCAUCCUAGUUGCCUAUUAGGUAAGACACAUCCGUUGCUUAUCAUGUAGCCGUGGUACGGCAGGAGAACAAGAACUCGCGUUCAUUACACCCGGAAGAAGGGCCAAUUGGAAGCAGCAGCAAUACAACGAAACUAUAUCCGAUCCGAUUCGAUCGAUAUAGCGUACCGCAUGAAGUCUAUAUUGGGGCAGAAUUCGGAUAAAAAUCUAGACCAUGUGUUUCUGCUACAUCAAUGCCGUUAGUGGUGAACCAUUAAUCGCUGUUCGCCGUUCUCCGUGCAUAGUACACAUUGUUAAGCAAAUGGUUUUUUUGCAUUUUCUUGCACCUUACUGCGACCAUCAGCCAACCGAACGCACACACGACACGCGGAGAUUGAUUGUUAAAAUCUGUCAUUUUACUUACUUACGGACAGCUCACAGAGCAGCAAUCGCUCACGUUCUCUGCAAAACUACUGCCCAAUGUCACGUUUGGUUUGGUAUUCUUUUAUUGCAUUUUCUUGUUUGAUGCUUAAACUUACUCUACUGUCACAAUGUUAGUGUAUACCUUAUAAGUGAACGUGUUUCUGUUGCGUUCUCAUUUCUUUAUGUUAUUUCAUACUUGUUUUCUGUUGGUUGUUAAGUUUACCGGAAUCGAUUACGAUCGAUAAGACAGUAAAUAAAAGUGUAAAUAAGGUUAGAAAAAAAAA